AGAGAGUAUUCAUUAUAUAUACAGUAUAGAGGGAUUGCCGGGGGGCUGGGGCUGCUAGACACGCUGAACUGAACCACGAUCUUUGCGCGAAUCUGCGGACCACCCACGGCUUAUAACUUUUGGGGGCUUGGGGAUACGAUAGAGGGCAGAAAUCGAACAUUACAAGCAUUUGUUACUAUUGUUACCUUAGCUUUUAGGACGUUAACGCCACCAAAAUGUCGAAGCGCGUACCGAUUGUUUGCCAUGGUCACACGAGGCCAAUUGUUGAGAUUAACUAUAGUCAGAACACACCAGAGGGUUACUUCCUGGCGUCGGCUUCCAAAGAUGGGAAGCCAAUGCUGCGGCAUGGCGAGAACGGCGACUGGUAUGGGACGUUUGAAGGCCACAAGGGCGCAGUCUGGGCUUGCGUCCUAGACACACCGGCCCUUAAGUGCGCAACGGGGUCAGCGGACUUCACUGCAAGGGUCUGGGACGCUUGCGGCGGAGCCCAGCUGCACGAAUUCCAACACAACCACAUCGUGCGUUGCGUCAACUUUUCUUUCCAUGGAUCAAAUAAGCUUGUAACGGGAGGCAUGGAGAAAAUUGUUCGCAUCUAUGAUCUCCAAAAGCCAGAAGCUGAGGCAGUCAAACUGCCGGCAGGACCGGCGGGUAUCCGUUCGGUCAACUUCAUCCAAAACGACAACACCGUUAUCUGCAGCUACGUUGACAAGCCGGUCGUUGGGGUAUACGACCUGCGCUCGCAGCAGCUCGUGAAGACCAUCGAGACGGCAUCGCCGGUUACCUCUAUCGAGGUGUCCUUUGACCAAAAGCACGUCACGACGGCCGAGGGUGCAUACGUGCGCUUCUUCGACGCGGCUACGCUGCAGCAGGAGAAGCAGCACAAGCUGACGGCGCCCGCCGAGUCCGCGAGCUACUGCGCCGCCAAGCGGAAGUUCGUGGCGGGUGGCGAGGACAUGUGGGUUCACCUGUACGAUUAUGACACCGGCCAGGAGCUCGAGUGCAACAAGGGCCAUCACGGGCCGGUGCACACCAUCCGCUGGGCUCCGACGUACGACGCGUACGCGAGCGGCUCCGAAGACGGCACGAUACGCAUUUGGUUCCCAGACAGCGCAGACGCUGCCGCUGCCGCCGCUCCUUAGGGGUGCUUGGCUGGCUGAGGUGUAGAGGAGUAGUGGAGGCGUUCGCAGGUUGCGAGGGCAGCAGGUGGGCUGGCAGCCAGUAGGGGUAACCAGGACACACAGGAGCGGGGUAGGCAUCGUGAUGCGAGCUGUGCCGAAAUGCCGCUCCUAGUGGGGUGUAAGGGGUGCACGGGGUACGAGAGAGGAACCGAGUGAAAGUACGGAAUUGUACGACCUCUUGAGGGAGUUUUGUGGAUCUGGCUUUGGGGCAUAGGCAUAGAUCUGCAUACCAAAGUUGUGUACAGGCAGUGUGCUGGGAACUGUAGCAACGCGCUGGGUAUUUGUUUUGCCCCGUCCUUGUUUGUUUCUUUGUUCGCAAACAAUAGCAGCAACUCACGCCUUGGGUGGCGACAGAGGUAGUAGCAUAACGCGAUCAUGAGAGGGUCGCAGCUGUUAUAGGUGUGCAACGGUGACUUCCAAGACUUGCUUGGCAGGCAUUAGCGUGCGGGCUGGGUGAUGCGGUAGCGGACUUGCAGGAUUGUCGCAUAGCAUGACACGGGGCCUGGGUUCUAUGGUGGCGCCACCAGAACGCCGCCUAGUGUCUCGCUGACAUGAUGGCUCAUCCCGAGUGGCUAAAUGCAGGAGCGUGGUCCCUGCUGAUCGGCUUAGGCUGCCUUGGGUUGUGUGCUUAGGUCAAGCGGAUGACGGGGCUUCAAGCCGUGUGGAUGGCACCUCACAUGCCGCUUGCCCUCUGCGCUCCCGGCGGUGGCUGUCCCACAUACACGGGGGGCAUGUGUUACGUAGCGUGUUAGUUUGGGCGGACUUGGUAAAUGGGGACAAUUGGAU